CACGUGGCUUUGAAGCAGCCGCGAGUCCUGGAGGUUGCGACGUGACGCACACUUUUACGUGCUGCUGGUGGGAGGGAGGAAAAACAGCGCGAAAUCGCGGAGCGAGAGAGACAUCCUGCCAUCCAGAACCGUGCUGCGUAAUCUGCCUCCAUCCUCCACCUGAUGGCCGACACCAAGGACCCCCAAGAGGAGCAUGAAACCUCUGUUGAGAACACAGAAGAAGCCAACCACGAUCCUCAUUUUGAACCCAUUGUUUCAUUGCCAGAGCAAGAGAUUAAGACACUUGAAGAAGAUGAAGAAGAGUUGUUUAAAAUGAGAGCAAAGUUGUUUCGAUUUGCAUCUGAAAAUGACCCCCCAGAGUGGAAAGAACGAGGCACUGGUGAUGUUAAACUGCUUAAACACAGGGAGAAGGGAACAAUCCGCCUAUUGAUGAGAAGAGAUAAGACACUGAAAAUCUGUGCUAAUCAUUAUGUGACACCAUCAAUGGAACUGAAACCCAACGCUGGUAGUGACAGAGCAUGGGUCUGGAAUACAUAUGCAGAUUAUGCAGAUGAAGCACCGAAACCUGAACUACUGGCCAUUCGGUUUUUAAAUGCAGAGAAUGCCCAGAAGUUCAAGGCAAAAUUUGAAGAAUGUAGAAAUGAAGCAAAGGGAAAUAAAGAUGUGACCAAAAAUGAUAGUGCUGAUAAAGUGGCUGAGAAAUUAGAAGAACUCACUGUAAAGGAGGAAAGCAAGGUUCAAGACAAAGAGGACGCCAAGCAAGAAAAAACAGAAGAGAAGCAAUAAGUCAGCUAAAGCCUUGUUCUUUUAUUUUUUACAAGGGACUUAUAACUAAGGAAAAAGAACUGAGUUUAAACAUUCAGGUUGUUUUUUUUCUAAGCUUUUGUCCUUAAGUUGAAUUUUUCAGAAGCAAAUCCAUUCCCCAGUCAUGAAAAUGUACUGUGUUCACUUUCUUUUUCCAUAGUGGAAACACUUAUUUAUAGUUAUCCAAAGUAACAAAUAAAACCAGUUUGAAAAUGUACUGGAUUCCAUAAUGGUUAUAUCUUGGGCUAGGAAUGUUCAUGGGUGUGGUCCUUAAGUGGAUAUAUGAUGCAGUCCAUCACAUUUCCUUAGAGGUGUUUCAUUGGAAAGGAUUUAAUGGGUUAUUUUUUGUGUUGACCCUGCUAGGAUGACUGUGUAAUUGAAUAAAUUUAAACUGAGAAUGAAUACAUCUGGUGAGUUUUCAUAAAUGUCAUUUUUUUACUAGUCAGUGAAUAAUUGUCUCUGUACUAUUCUGCUUUUGAGGAUCUUAUAUGUUGGGACUAGAUCUACUAGACUGCCAAAGAAUGCUUUGUCUCACCAGAAAUCUAUGGUCUUCCCUCUGAAGUGUGACUUGUACCCUAGAAACACAAUUUUCUGUUACAUUGCUAAUAUUUGAUAACUGUUUUUGGAAUGCUUAUACGGUCUGCAUUUUGUUUCAGUAGUUUUUGAAGGUCCAUUGGGGCAUGGUUGCUGCUGUCAUUACAUGGCAGUAUUGUGGCCUUGUGGUCCAGGCUACAUGAAUGGUUUAGUCACUCUCAUAAAACCAUUGAAACAUGUUUCUUGCCCCUACAUUUCUGUGCCAAAAGCCUCCUGUCCUCUAUUAUUUCUGAUUACUAGCACCAAUAGUGCCACACCUAGACUCUAAAACCUCUCCUCCUUUCUUCCGCCUGUCGCUGACUGAUGGCGAAUUCGCAGUCCAGAACACAAGCUCUGCCUUCUUGCUUUGUAUGAGAGUGCUCUGUGUUGCUUAACCUGUAGAAAGCACCUAGUGAUGCCCAAAUAUUGUUGUCCUGUAUGAAGCGCCAUAAGCAGUAGACGUGCAAAAGUGGAAUGUCUCAAACACAGCAUAUGGACCGUUUUUCCAUUGAUAUCAAAAUGAGCUAAAUGCACUUGCUAUGUAACUAAAACAGCUUUGAUGUGGGGAAGUUGCCGGUACUUCCUCAGUCCUCAUAGUCUCGCUGAAAUAAAAACCAUAUAUACACACUG